AUAAUUUAAGACGUGGAAAUGUUUCUAAAACUUUAAAUCAUUGGUGCAGUUUUCGAUUUCGUUAGCAAUGAAAACGUUUUCGGAGAAAAAGGCCCCUUCCGUGCCUCACAAGAAACUAUCAGCAAAGGAACGUUUCGAGCGGAAGGAGCUAAGCAAAAAGAAAAGGCAAAACCGUCUGCUCGAGCGGGUAAAACGUGAAUUUGAGCAAGUGGAACGUGAAAAGGCGGAAGCCAGUGCUGUAAUCAGCGUGCCGACCAUAGCGGAGGGCGAGGCAGCUUCCACGCUCAGUAUCGCCGUCCCGGGGUCGAUACUGGACAAUGCACAGUCGCAAGAACUGCGUACCUAUCUGGCGGGGCAGAUCGCUCGGGCGGCCUGUAUUUUUCAGGUAGAUGAAAUCAUCGUCUUCGACGAUCGUGGCUGCAUCAAUCAGGCAACGGACAAAAUGGGUACGGUUGAUACGGCACAAGGAAGCACCUCCGCUAGGCGCUGUUGCGUGCAAUUGGCUCGUAUCCUGCAGUACCUGGAAUGUCCGCAGUAUCUGCGGAAAUUUUUCUUUCCCAUGCACAACGACCUAAAGUAUUGCGGCUUGAUCAGUCCACUGGAUUCGCAGCAUCAUUUGCGACAGGCCAGUGAGUUUGAGUUCCGCGAAGGAGUCGUUACGAACAAACCCACAAAGAAAGAACGCUCCGCGUUCGUUAAUGUCGGUUUGCUAAAUGAUGUGCUCGUAGAUGGGCAGUUGGAACCGGGGCUUAGGGUUACCGUUAAAAUGCCUUCGGGAGUGGAUCUUAAAUCGAAGAAGAUUCGUGGCAAAGUGGUUUCUCCAACGCUGCCCCGACAGGAGACCGGUAUCUACUGGGGUUACAAUGUUCGGAUAGCGAAUUCUCUUUCCGAAGUCUUUACCAAAAGUUCGUACAAGGGCGGGUACGAUUUGACGGUAGGAACUUCCGACACCGGAAGAAAUGUUCGUGAAAUUGAGCCGAACAGUUUGAAGUUUCAACAUGCGCUGGUGGUUUUCGGUGGAGUUCUUGGGCUGGAACCGGCGUUGGAAAAUGAUGUUAAGCUGAAUGUGGAUAAUGUGGAGCUGCUGUUUGAUCACUACGUUAAUACUGUUCCCCGGCAGGGAUCGAGAACUGUCCGAACCGAGGAGGCAAUUUUGAUUUCGUUGGCUGCCCUAGGAGAAAAACUGGAACCAACAAACCAUCCGAAGGAAUUUAAACAUUUCGAUGCCAUUCCGCAAAGUCAAGAUACCGGAAUACAACAGUAUGCAUUCAAUGAGAAGAAGAAAUCAAAAAAGCAUAGCAAGGAAGUGUCGGAAACCUCCAUCGAAGCUGCUUCAACCUCAGAUGAUAUGUCUCGCUUUGACUAAAGGUAAUCAAAC